CCGCCACUGAUGGAUGUCAGUUCUGUAACGCGAUGCAUUAGGUUACCGGUUGACGGCUGCUCCUACUCCUUCCUCCACUCCCGUUCAGGAUUGCUUUGUGCAUUAUGAUCCUCCUGGUGAGCCUAAGAGACUCGACGAUGAGUUGGGAGUGAAGCGACACAGGUUUGUUAAGGUCCACAUUCUCAUCCACUUCGAUCUGGAGUUCUCUGCCUCAUAACUUAAUAGCUGCAAGGUCCUUUUGGACUUUUGAUAUACGC